AGAGCAGAAGAAGAUCACGAACCAGAGGAACUCGGCUGGUGCCGCUGCCCCCCAUCAUGUUAUUGAUCACCAUGUCGGUGUGAAGGAAAAUAAAACUAAGAACCACCAUCCGGAUCCGAGACGGAGUCUUUAAGAUGGCCGGAGAGGAGGAGAGGGGGGUGGUUCGAGUGAAAGUGAAGGUAGGACGUUUACGGUGUUAUUAGCAGUUAGACUGCCAGAGGCUGCUAGUUAGCGAGCUAACCCCGUUAUCCUGGUUAUUAAACUGUUAAUAUUUGCUGGCUGUAAACGCAAACACACCGACAGGUGGACACACCUUUGGGACAGUUUGUACAGUGGUGUUUAUACAGAGCGAGUCUCCACCUUUACCCGUGUUUUUAACCAUUCUGUCUUGUUGUUGUUGUUGUUUUUAACUGCGGUCUUUGACAACCGGAAGAGACACCUGAGAAUCACACCUGUCACAUUAUUAUGAGCGCCUGUAACAGCAGCUUUAAACAGACACUUAGAGAAUCCCAUUUUAUUCCCUGUUAUCGGGAUGAAAGCUGACAGCAAUGAGACCCCAGACCGGGCUGACGUCACCUGCCUGCUCAGCAUUUACGUGCGUGGAUGUGGAUGCGUGUGGCAGGGCUCCAUGACGUCAUGUUUUACCUGAGGAAGAGGUUUUUCGUGGCCUCUGCUCUCGCGCUCCUCUUAUAAAGAGCAUUAUAUAUGUGUGUGUAUUCUUGAUCUGAAACUUCUCCUGGACUCAGUGUAUUCAGACACAGUUUCAUUUCUGAGAGACAUCUUUUCUGUUUGAGAAAAUACAGAAAAAGGAGACUUCACUGCUUUUUUUUUUGUUUUAACUUAGACCACGUCCUGAGACUUUCAAUUUAGACUAGGUAAUCCUAAAACGUCUGCAUCCUUUUUUUGAACACAAAGAGAUCUAUGACACUAAGAUUUCAAUUUGUGAAAUGCUUUAAGGAAGAUUUCACUAUUUGUUUUAAACUCCACAGGUGCUUUUCAGCCAAAAGCACCCUGAACUUUUAGUGUCAGGGACUUCUCUCUCAGAGGACAUAAUGCAAACCAGGCCAGUGACAUUCAGGGAUGGUAUUUGGAAAUGAAGUAACUUGCACAGCUCUGUUUUUAAGUCUGCUAAUCCAGUGGUUCUCAAGGCCAGUCCAGCUCUAACACACUUGAUUCAAAUGAUCAGCUCGUUAUCAAGCUCUGUAAUGGCUUAAUAACGAGCUGAUCAUUUGAAUCAGGUGUGUUGGAGCAGAGAAACAUCCAAAACAUGCAGGACAGUGGGCCUCGAGGACUGGACUUGAAAACCACUGUGCUAAUCUACUGUAUCAUUUUUUAACAGCCAAUGCCAAGACUGAUAGUGUGGCAACAGGCGGGCCAUAACAGCUGAAAUCAUAGUAUUGAUUUGAGGAAACUAACAACUGAGAUAAGAAAUGUCUGAGCUUGAGUAAAUAUUUCACCUAAUAAUGUUUGGCUUAGUAAAACAGCUUCCUCAAGAGACUUUAAUUUCUGUCAAGCUAUGCAGAAUUACAGAGAGAAAAAGGUCAAGUUUGGGUUGAAAUCAAAACCAAAAAAAAGAUAGGUUUACAUCUAUUUAUUCCCAUAAGGAUUUUGAUGAAAAGACAGAUACACUGAGCAAAGUUUACUGAUCACUGUUGAUGGUGUGCUGCCGCUAUCUAUAUCUAUUCCAAAUAUUGGUUAUUGUUCUCAUUAUGCCUUAAAAAAAACCAAAUAUCUUUUUGCCCCUAAAUGAAAGACAUCUGAGAAAUAAAAUAAUGUUUUUGACCGGUUCGUGUUUUUGUUAUUUUUAUUACAUUGCCUGUUCCACUGACAUAAUUAGUUGUAGUGCUGUUCCAGAUUGGCUGCGUGUUAGCUGUGUGACAGCUGCAGGUGGUGGCUCUGACUAACAGCCUGGUCGUGAUAUUCACACAUUGUUAUGCAGCUACAUGGAGGUGGGGAUGCAAAUAACAACGGUAUUAAAGGGGUGAGUUGAGAAACGGAUGUGAACUACAGCUUUAGGGGUUAAAACAAGUAGUGAAAUCUCCCUUUUUAGGAAUGUUUACCAGUUGUAUAAUGGUGCAAGUCUGAUAUCCUGCUUCAAAAAGCCUCUUGACUCGCUGGGAUAAUCUAGUGUAAAUCUGGCAAGUCUAGAUCUAGCGAUUCUAAAGCUAUUUUCUUCACAGUUGAAUAGGCAAUCUGCAAAUCAGGUGGUAACUCUACCAUCAUUCAGAAGUGUUCUGUCUUCAGUGAGCCUGUGUGGUCGAAAAUGUGGCUGUGAUAAGAUGAGGAUAGUGCAUGUGAUGCAUGUAUCCAUUUCUCUUUUGAAACUCAAGAAUUAAAUCUCAAGAUUAAUGGGCAAAAUAUUACACCAGUUCAAGUAGGACAAUUACUCUGUCUCUUAUUUUUACAUUGUGAGAAAGACCAGUUUAUUAGCAGGACUCUUAUUAUCCCUUUUAUCUUCUAGAUUUGUAGCCAGACUCAAGCAUACAUUGUGAGUUGUUGCAGGAUAGUAUAAAACUAAAAGAUGUCAUUUUAGUGUCUCAUGAUUAUAUUAAAUUCAGUCCCUCCUGUUAAAAAAUUGUGUAUUAUUCAGUUGUGUCAUAAUGUUUUUGUAAUCGUGAUGUGAUGUUUUUCAGAAAUGUGACGGUGCCCUGCCUGUGGAGUUUCGCUCCUUUGCUGUCGAUCCUCAGAUAACAUCACUGGAGGUCCUGCAGCACAUCCUCAUCAGAGCUUUUGAUCUGAACGGGUGAGGACAAACUCACUAGCUUUUACUGUGUCCCAGCAGCCCCUCCAGUGUUUGUGUGUGUGUGUGUGUGUGUCAGCAUUUUCUUUUCCUUUUUUCAAACUAGGAAGCGGAAUUUCGGGAUCAGUUACCUUUCUCGGGACCGGAGUGGAGCUGAAAUGUAUCUGUCUCUGCUGUCCGACUGGGAUUUGGAUGUUGCCUUUCUCUCUGCAGCAAAACCUCAUCUGCAGCUCAAGAUGGACAUCAAACCUUCAGAGGACAGUAAGGGCACUGGUUCAUCACUAGUUUUUUCUCAUCACUUACAUUAGAUGUGUCAAUCAAAGGUGUCUAUGAUGAUCAGUCAUCUUUUAAUCUGCUGUUUUUCCUCACCUGCAGGUCCUGUGAUGGAGGACUGGGACAUCAUCAGCCCCAAAGAUGUGAUCGGCUCUGAGCAGCUUGCAGAGAGGACCAGGUCCUUGGCGUCUGCAGCUCUUCCAUUCACUCAGUCUCUGCUGUCUCAGGUUCACUCCGCUUCUCCAGUCAUCAUCCUCUCUUCAACCCUGUGUCAGUCUGGGUUUUUUUCUGAUGUGCUUUGUUUGCCUUGUGUUCAGGUUGGUCGGACCCUUACCAAAGUCCAGCAGGCCUUCAGCUGGACUUAUGGGGAGGAGAUCAAACCUUUUAAGCCCCCUUUGAGCGACGCUGAGUUCCACAGUUAUCUGAACGGACAGGGUCAGCUGACACGACCCGAGGAACUCAGACUGAGGAUCUACCAUGGCGGUGUAGAGCCCUCAUUGCGCAAGGUGCAUCACCUGUGAUCUGUCUCCAUAAAAUAUCAACCUAGUGCUCUGCAGACCCCCACAUGAAGGCUGAUGCUUCAAAUAAUAUGAUUCGUUUAUAAAAGUGGAAUUAACCUCUGCACUGUUCCUGCACCCAGGUUGUAUGGCGAUACCUCCUGAACGUCUACCCUGACGGACUGAGUGGACAGGAGAGGAUGGACUACAUGAAGAGGAAGACAAGAGAGUACGACCAGCUGAAGAGGGAGUGGACGGCCCGGGUCAGCCUAGAGGACCUGGAGUUUAUCCGUGGAAAUGUCCUGAAAGACGUCUUGAGGACAGACCGGGCACAUCCUUACUAUGCCGGCUCAGAGGACAGUCCACAUUUGACGUCUCUCACAGACCUGCUCACCACGUUUGCAAUUACUCAUCCACAGGUGUGUAGAUUUCACACCCGUAGAAUCAAAAAGUCUUAUUUCUGGAACUUUUUGCAUCUUUUUAGUCCUUUUAGAUCACACCCUCUCAUACUGUGCACCCAUUUCACACUGGAUUUGGGAAUGUGAAAAUAUCUCAUAAGACAAAAUCAGUAAAAGAAAAAAAAGAAUCGAAAUUUUAAACAGCAGAGGGCACUCUCUGCCUUUGACUUUAUUGACAUUGUUUCUCAGGUCUGUAGAUGAAAAGAGGUGGAGAUUUUGAAGUUCAGGAUGCACUGUCAGUGUUUCCCACACAUAGACACACAAUACCUGUGCAGACACCUAAGUUUGUGAACAUAAUGUUGGUUUAAAUUUUUAUUGCAAACCCAGCAGGGUAAAUUUGAUUGUAUUUAGUGUUCAUUGUACUGUUACACCUAUUAUACAUCUGAAUGUGUCAGAAAUGUUUUCAAGAUAAUCUUUUUCUUCCCAUUUAUCAACCACAAAACCUUUGCAAGAACUUACUUGAGCUUAUUUAAGACCAGUUUCAACCAAAAUUAUCAUGCCAUUUUACAACAGAGGAUUAGGACUAGAUUAAGGAGGAAAACAAUUCUGAAUACGCCAAUCAUUGAGAGAUGAGGUAAAUCAACCUUUGAUACAGUAGUACAAAAACUGAAAGUAAUAGUGCCGCUUUUGUUGAAAGAUGAGAACACAGAGUAUCUGUGUACUGAGAGUAUUAUGCUCCACACUCACCACUGUGAGCUACAGCCUGCCUUUCUGAUCUUUCUCUUCAAAGUAGAAGAUGGACGACAGACUGAAAUUACAUCUUGUACAACAAAUUUACCACUGGAUUUUCAAGGUCAGGAGUAUGAUUUGUUCCAAAUACUCUGUCUCCCCAUGGUGCUGAUACUGAGUCGUGCAUCAUCAGGAACUUAGUACUUUAGUGUGAUUAGUUGGUCGGCCGUUAAUACGGUUCAGGUUAAUGUGCAGUAAUUUUCCUGUAGGACUUAAUUCAAAUGUCAGAAAGACCUGCUUUUAUAAAUGUGAUGUGUUUUAACCUUUGAAAAACAAAGAGGAAAUUUGUGCUUAAAGAUGAUUUAAAGGUGCUUCACAAGCCUUCAACUGAAUAUUUAGUUUUCUUCAUAUCUGUAUUUCAUACUUAGUGUGUUGUCUCUAAAAAAUGUGCCUUUUUUUGUCGUUUUAAAACUUAAACCUCUGUGACUUUGUUUUUUUUCAGAUCUCAUACUGUCAAGGCAUGAGUGAUAUUGCCUCCCCUAUUCUUGCUGUUAUGGACAAUGAGGCUCAUGCCUUCAUCUGCUUUUGUGGCAUCAUGAAACGCCUGGAGGGGAACUUCAGGCCUGACGGACAGCUCAUGUCUGUGAAGUUCCAGCAUCUAAAGCUGCUUCUGCAGUACUCGGACCCUGAGUUUUACUCUUACCUGGUGUCCAAAGGAGCGGAUGACCUCUUCUUCUGUUACCGCUGGCUACUUCUGGAGCUGAAAAGAGAGUUUGCAUUCGACGAUGCUUUGAGGAUGCUGGAGGUCACAUGGAGCUCCCUGCCUCCAGAUCCUCCUGAAACUGAAGUGGAGCUUCUGGGACCGCCGCUGGAGGCUGAGGAAACAGUAUCCUGUAGAGAUAAGGACAAAAUGGUAGAGAAUUGCCUUGGGGAUGAUAAGGAGCUGAAGGAGAAGCAGCGCAGACGGCACAUGCUGAGGCCUUCCAGAGAAGAGCCAGAUAUGAACCGGAAUAAUAUUGUCGAAGAGAAAGAAAAUGAAAAAGGAAACGAGGACAGUGACAGUCACAGUCCUCAAGCAUCCAUGGAAAAAUCAGACAUGCAAGCCACUCCGUUUGAGAGGCAGACUAGUUUUGGAGAGUUUAAAUACUACACAGCUCGAAAUGAGGACAGCUUUGAUAUGGAGGAUUCUGAGCCACAGCAGGACAUGGUGGUCUCAAAGUCCUCAACAAGUAUCCAAAGCCGCCAGUCAACAGUAGACAGUGAGGAGGACCCCGGAGAGAGAACCCCUCUCAUGAAAAACUGUGAAAACGGCCUCUCUCCAAUGUCCUCCCCUCCUCUUUUCCCAAGUGGCCUCCCAAUCUGGAAACCUGGCUCUUCUGUGUCACCUACAUCUUCAGCCUCACCCUCCAGCUGGCCGGGUGCUUCUCCAGACUCUCCUCCGAAGUUAACAUCCCCAUCGGCAUCAAACGGAAGAGACACCUUUACAAGAACUGUCCAGAAAGUCUUGACCACUUCUGCUCAAGUCCUCGGCAGCACGGGGAUUAACUCGCCCACAACACCCACUCUGAAAACAUCUGUUGCAUCUCCCUCCCACACUCAGAGCCGCUCCCUUCUCUCCUCUCCCAUCCUGUCGUUUGGAAGCAGGUCUGGAAGCAGGUUGUCUUCCAGCAAUCUCCCUUCGCCUGGGAACAAGACCCCCAGCACUGCAGCAAACACGCCCGGCUCUUUGAAAGGGGAGACCACCAGCAUCAAACCGUGUUCCCUGCCUCCUCCUCAAGAGUUUGGGAAAGGGAAUCCCUUCAUGCUGUUCCUGUGCCUGUCCAUCCUGCUGGAGCACAGAGACCACAUCAUUAAGAACAGCUUGGAUUACAAUGAGCUGGCCAUGCACUUUGAUCGGCUUGUGCGGCGCCACAAUCUGAGCAGGGUGCUGCAGCGAGCCAAGGCCUUAUUUGCGGACUACUUGCAGAGUGAAGUGUGGGACUCUGAAGAAGGGGACGAGGUCAGCUCGGACUCGCCAACGACGGCCACUGCUGCCCCGCAGUCCCCUUCUUCCACCGUCUCCGCCAGACCUAUCUACAGCCCUUUAGCAUCGCCACAGGCAUCAUCUCCGAACUCAACCUACAACCUCGCCACCACCAUCCCCUCCCCAGCCUCUCCAGUUGCAGUUUCUCCCACUUCCUGAUUCCUUCACGCCUCCUCUCCUCAGUGGACUCCUCAGUAGACUGUUUGUGGAGCUGCAGACUCCUCCCUGGAGUCUGGACUGAGCUGUUUAUAAUCCCAUUCUGUGUAUGCUUGAAAACAAAUAUCCCUUAUGUCUAUAGUCAUCCCAAUAUUUGAUUAUUCAUCAGCCUUUAAACUUUUGUUGUCUGUCAGAGGGACUAAAGAGCUAACCUCCUUAUCUUUCGCUCUGAAGUUGCAGAUGCAUGAAAUGUUAAACCUGUGAAUCAGGUGUUUAGAGGUUAGACAGUCUGGCUGUUUGAGUUUACCCAAACCAACAAAAGCCACUUAGUGCAUUUAGCCUUUGUUGCCCUCCUUAUACUCUUUGUUUACAGGCUCCUGUUUUUGUCCAAUAAGCCACAAAAGUGUCUUAACAAAAGCUAAAAACUAGUAAAACCCAGAUUGGAUUGCUGAAAGUCAUGCUUUAAGUUGUGUUUGACGACUUUUACAGAAACUAGAUAAAGCCAGCGCACAUACUGUACUCUCCCAUCUUCUCAACUCUUCUUACCAUCAGCCUUAAAGGACAUUCCAGUUGAAAGUUAAACCUCUACUGAGCUGUUUCCCCGAAGUGUUUUCAGACAGAACAUAGAGGUAAUGUCAAAUUUAUUAUGAUUGAUUAUGAAUUCAAAAGAAACCGGCUGCAGGGCUCGAAUAGGAAGAGUCCGUCUAAUCCAUACAGAGAGGAUAACUGCCAGUGAAUUAGGAUAUUCUGACUUCAGUCCUAUAACACAAGGAUUAAAAUCAGAAAUUUGAUAUUUAAAUCUGAAUUCUGGGAUUAAAACAAGAAUAUUAGAAUUAGAAUUCAAUCUGGAAUUAAAAAUAAAGUUUUCAAGUUUUCAUGGAUUAAAAACUAUAAUCCAGGGAUCACAGUUAGUAUUCUUAGGUCAGAAUACUGAGAUUUAAAUUUAAAUUAAAAUUCUGAGAUUUGAACAAGAAUUCUGAAAUACGAGCCAGAAUAAUUAGAAUAAAGUAAUAACUAAGAGAUUUACACAAUAACUCUGCGCCUAAUUCAGACUUUCUGUGAUUAAAUUCAGAACUCUAAGAUAAAUUAAAAAAAAAUUAAGAUGAAAGUCAAACCUCUGAGAUUAAAGUGGUAAUUCUAAAACUUGAAAGAAAAAAGUUGGACUUCCAAAAUUAGGGUCAAAUUUCUUUGGUCAAGUCAGAAUUCUUGGAUUAAGACCGGAGAUUCAUUUUGGGAUUAUUGCAGAUUUUAAAUAUAUGGUUAUCUAGAAAAGCUUCUGGUCAGACUUUUUGGGAUAAGGUCAGGAUGUUCGGUUUUGACGAGAAUUUAUUUUUUGUCAGAAUUUUGAGAUUAAUGUCAGAAUUCUGAAUGUAUUCCAGUUAAAAUCUAAUAUGACCAGGUACUCUGAGGAAAAGGGGACGUUUUCUAGGCUUGAAUCAAAAUUCUGAGAAUUUAUUCAGAUUUCUGACCUUUAUUUUUUGCAAUCACGUGAGGUGAACAUUUGCUUUAUGUUCUGUCUGAACUCACUUAUGUUCUGUCUGAGAGGGUAAUCCUGAAGCUGUAACAGAAUUUCAUCGAGCUUGGGCAUUAAAAUUACAGAUUUAUAGCAGAAAAUCUCUAUUUCUAAGGGAUGCAGCAGUUCACAUACAACACAUUACUAUCAUUAUUCUUAUUAUUAUUAGGCACACUGAUUUUAAAUAAAAGAAAUCUAAUCUACUUGCAUUUGUGGAAAAAAAUGGUUUCCACUUGGAAUUGGGUCUAUUUGGUGACUCCAACCUUGUAUACCUGUAUUUUUGAAAGGCUUUACAAUCAUUCAGCCACAUCAGUGAAACAGCACCUUCUGGAGCUUUAAUGUCGCUUAAAAGGUUUACUGCUACGUAAAGCUGGUCUUCUGUUAUUUUCUUUCCUAAGUGCAGCAGAAGUUUAGUUCAUGGGGCGUGUGACAGAGGAUUUAAACUUAGACUUGCACCAUCAGAGAUUCUUGGGUUAGUGCAAUGAUUCAUGAUAAGCUUGACAGGUGAAAUCAUUUCAAAUACUUUUAGGGUGUGCUUUUCAACGUUGGUAGAUAAGAAAAGGUCCUUUUUAAAACAAGACAAGGUAGCUGAUCAUUUUGUGACUAACCAUGCCAAGAAGUACUGUAGACAUCAGGUUUUUGUUGAUUCUGUUGAUUUAUUGUGUUUGCAGGACUCAUGAACUCAAAUGCAACAGUACUUUAUAAUUUAUUCAAUACUCUGGUGGAUUGUUUUCAAAGAUGUAUUAUUUUAGCACUUUUUUCAUUACUUAAGAGAGGUAGGGUCAUGAAAGAUGGAUAUGAGUGGGAAUUCUGAGAUGAAAGUCCAAAUACUGACAUUAAAAAUAGAAAUCUUAGGUAUUUUUCAGCUAUGAGAAAAUCAGAGCGAUAGAGACCUGAGAUCAUGGUUGAAAUUCAGAGAGAAAAUUAAUAAUUCAGAUUAAAACCGAGUUCUGAGAUGAUCUGAUAAUCUGAGAUUUAGUCCAGAAAAAGAGAAGAAAGACAGAAUUUCAAUAAGAAAGUCAGGAUUCCGAGAUAAAAGUCAGAAUUUUGACUUCUCACAAUUUGAAGAUUGAAGUCUGAAUUCCAAGAUUAAAGACAGAAUUCCAAGAUGAUAUUCAUAUUUCCGAAGAAAAGGUUGGAUUGCUGGAAAACAGAAUGUCACUAAAAUUAAGGUUUAACCCUAAAAGGAAAAAAGUGGCCCCGGGCCUCUCUGUAGGUAACUGAGGGUUCCCAAAGACAUUUUUUCUUGUUGUUUUGUUUUUGUUUUGUUUUGCACAGUUUCAGGCAUUGGUGUUUUUUGUACUUCUGUUGUUGCUGUUAAAACAGGGGCGGUCCGUGCUGCGUAUAUUUUUAAUCAUUCCUCUGUUCCUCUGUAUAACAGUAAGAUUAUAAAGUGUAACACUAUAACACUUGAAGUGGCCGAAGACAAAACUAUAAGCUCCUGUACAACCUUUUGGCAGUGAAGUGCCUCACUUGUUUCAAUCUGAAGCCUUGUUUCAUGUUUUGUUUUGUGCUCUUUGUUUGUGUCUUUUCUGUGCCAUCAUGGGCAGAUUUAAUUUGCCUGUUACAGGGUUCAGUAAUACUAGAAUCAAAUAAGUAUCUUUUCAUGAGAAAGUGUUGCUCUCUUGGACUUACUCCUGAUCCUGUUUUCACAUGCUUCAUAAUUAAUAAAUUGCAGCUUGAAGAGUUAGUUUUAUGGUCAAAAUUUAAGGGCUUCAUGCUCAAAUAUUAAGAGCUCAAAAUUUGGAUUCAGUUGUAAGAAAAAGCAACCACUAAGCAGGAGUAUGUCCAUGUGGAAACAGGAUAUUUUUCUGUUGUCUCUGUGUUUUCAUGUAAAAAAUGACAUUGAUAUGGCUCAGCCUUAUUUAAUGUGCACUAUCUGCUUAAAUAAUGUCGAUGAAUGCUGUGCAUGGCUGCAGAUUGAAAGGGAAAUAAUUUGAGCAUAAUGUUUGUGUAAUGUGUGUUUAAAGCCUGAUUUAUGUACAUCAUGGUUUUGUUACAGUGAGCCAAUCUGUCUCAGUUCAUUGUUGGUGUAUUGGACCUUUACAGAGAUCAGAACUGUGGGAUAUUUGGGAUCAGGUGCCACCAGAACAAUGACAAGGAGGUCGUGUUAUCUCUGCAUUUCAUAGCUUUAUUCUUUGUUUUCAGUGGCCUAUAUUAUAUUUUUUCAGUGGUCUGUGAUGACUCCACCUCCAGCAGGGACAGGUUCAAGCAGAAACUGAAGUAAUUCUGAAAUCUCCGGAAAAAUCCUCGAUGUGAUUAUUGUGGUAAUUAUAUUCCAACAUUUGAUUUUACUUCUCUUUGUAUAUCAGUAUUGAAAAGCAUAUUUAAAAAGAGCUGAAGUAACUGGACUAGCUGGACUCUGAGCUAGCAAUAUGUGCAUUUGUAAACAAAAAAAAGGAUUUGUUUAUCUCGUUAAAUUAUAUAUGUGCACAAAAGUAAAGAUUUUUAAUCAUACAACACAACAAUGUCAUUGUAUAUUGGACACAAAUAAAUAAUCAAUGCAAUUAAAUGAUUGAA